CUUUGCUCAUCUACCCCACCUAACCAGGACACGCAGCGCACUCCCCCAACUUGCUAUCAAUCAACAAUGCCGCCAGCUGCAUCAACUUCGGCGGCCGCAAAGGCUUCAGGGGCAGCGGCGUCGGGCCAGGUGAAGGCGACCUCCACCUCGACCGACCCAACCGCCCCACCCCGUCCUCCGCGCAAGCUCAACCGUUCCGCAAACCAGCUACACCGCAACCAGGCAUGUCUGCCAUGCCGGCGACGCCGUAUCAAGUGCGACGCCGGCCGACCGCACUGCGCGUCGUGCGUGCGUUCGUUCCGCUUCCUGGCACGCACGCAGCCCGAUCCCGAACGCGAUUCGCAGGGCAUCCAGUGCGAGUACGAGGACAACGACGACGCCGAGGGAGAUGAGACCGCGUCAACAAGUAACGAGGACCAGAGGGAGGCCGUCCGCAAGCUCGAAGCGCGCAUCGCCGAGCUUCAGACAACUCUCGCACAAAUGACUACCCCUGGAGAGGAGCCAUCCAGGGGCGUUGACGAGAUGAGCUGGACGAGCUCGAACCCAUCGCAGCAACUGCCGUCGACGUCGACACUGGAUAUCCCGCGCACGAACGGGGUGCCCGACUUUCUGGACGUCAACGGCAUGGCCGACGAACCGGCGCCGACGUACGUGUCUGGCCUGACCGGCAUCCCGGGCGUGGCACAGCUCCCCCUCCCAUCGCGGUACAACGGCCCGGCGAAUGAAACUCCUGACCCCCAUGCCAUGCUCGUCGACCUUGGCUUCAGCGGGUUCGUGUCCCACCCGCCCGACGUGCAGCCCAACGCCACCACUGUCUCAACCGUCAUCGACGAUGACGCCGGCAAGGUCGGAGGUGCCUUCCUUGACAUCAUCUGGCCCGGAUGGCCGCCCCGUCUCCCGACGCCAGCCAUGCUGGAGCACCUGGUCAACACCUUCUUCACCAUGGUCCCGUCCAUCUCGCGUAUCCUCCACCGCAAGUCAUUCAUGGCGCGGCUGGCGCUGCCCCCGACGCAUGCCAAUUUCCCUCACACGGCAUUGCUGCAUGCUAUCUGCGCCGUUACCGCUCGCUACUCGGCAGCAGUGUACACCAUCUCGGUCGACGAGUCGAUGCGGCAGACCAACGACCGCCUCCACGGUCGCUACAAGCGCCCAUCCGGGACAAGUGCCGACGAUGAAGCAGCUGCCCAGGCAUGCUUUGGUGAGCGCCAUGCCGCGUUUGCUGUCCUGGAGCUACGGCCAUCAGAAUCGACGGGGCGCAAGAUGCUGGAGCUCUGCCAGGCCCAGACGAUCUUGAUCGUGUUCUACCAGCAGCAUGCCAAGUGGAUCGACGGCUGGGCCAUGACUGGGCGGGCGACGCGAUUCUGCGUCCCUCUUGGCCUCCUCGCAGACACAAAGGUCAAGGGCCCUAUCCGCAAUGCCAUCAUCCCGCCGCAUACAGAGGACUGGGAUCGUGAGGAGCGUCGCAUUCUCAUGGCCUACAUCUUCUGCCAGGACUUCAUGUGCUCGGCAACCUCUGGGUGGCCCAACGCGCUCGCACUGGAUGAGGUCAUGUCUCGCUUGCCCGCGGGCCGCGAAGACUACGAGCGUGGAUCCGACGUCCCCGAGAACCCGCAGACAUGGCACUCGGCUGACUUGUACACGACUCACCCCGUCGAGGACCCAUUCGUCAUCUUCGCCAAAGGCCUCCAUCUGUUGGGACAGAUUAUCAAGUUCCGCCGCAAGUCCCAGGCGCUUCCUGACGUCUCCAAAGCGUAUAACACACCUUUGUUCAAGAAGCUGGACAACGACGUGACAGCGUUCCGGUUCUCGUUCCCCGCCAGUCUGCGUGACCCACUUCGCACCUCUGGAAAUGCCAAGGGCAUUGACGCGGACUUGGUCAGCGCUCAUCUCAUCCCGCACAUUGCCGCCAUCAACCUGCACGAGCCGUUUGCCGACGUCACCAACCCCCAGGACCCUGCGGCCAACCGCAUCCUUGGCGAAGCGCGGGCCUGCCUGAGCUUGGUAUACCUCCUUGCCAGCACGGCUCUCGACUUCUCUUACGUUUUGAGCCCAGUCAAUUCUUUCUAUUUCUUCGCUGCAUGCCGCACUUUUGUGCUCUUCUACCAGCGUGCACUUGAAAUCAGGGACCUGCAAGCUGCCAAGCUCCUCCUCACCGAGAUUGACGUGUUCCGCAUGACCUUCGCCGCCAUGGGCAAGAGGUUCCCGCUCGGCGCACGCCAUGGCGGCAUGAUCGACAAGAUGCUGCAAGAAUGCCACGCGGAACUUGGCGUCGAACCCGAGGCCGUCCGAGAUGAUGGGUUAGCGCUUGGCGCUGUACCGCUCCUCGACGUGGACCAGCAGCAGCAGCACCUGUUCCCGUUUGACCGCUCGGCCGACUUCGACUUGGACGGCAAGCGCCUGAGUGGCAACAGCCCCGAAAGCCUCGGCACACUGCCGUACGAGCCCACAGGGCGGCCAGAGCUCGUCUUGCACCCGCAUCACCCCUUCUCGCUCCUCUUCAUGAACCCUGGGACGACCUUCCGCGAGAAGACCGACGCUGCGCGCGGCCGUGCGACCUCGACCAAGUCGUCGCCGUCGACCCACAGCAUCCCCACUCCCGAACAGAUGUACAGCAUGCCUCCGGACCAGAUUACGGCGCCGACCUUGUUCCCGCCGUCCGUGUCUGAUCCGAGCGCUUUUGGCUGGCUCCAGUUUGUCCCUCCAACCACGACCCUGUCGACCUCGUCAUCUCACACACCCGAUGAACUGAGCGUCCCAGGCUCGGUAUAACCGCAAGAGUUUCCAUGAUUAAUAUGUAUCACGCGGCACGUGUAUCUUGUUGUAUUGGGCACGAAUCUACUAUUCUACAAUGCAAAACUUGUAUAUACAGUGAGAUGGGCAAAGCGGUGGAUGUCUAUUGUUGAUGGUGGUCUAUGCAGUCAAGUCUGAGCUGAGCGAGUCGUCACUGCCGAUGGACUUGAUAGCGGUGCGGGGGACCAC